AUGCCACCAAAAAGAUAACAUCAUAAAACUUAGUCAUCAGAAAUACCUCCACAAGCAUUAUUGAGUUAUCUAUCUAAUAGAGAAUAAAUUUAAGCACGUUUCUCUAAUUCACCUACUCUACAAAUAGAUUUCAAAGUAACAAAAUUAAUUUAUAUCAGGCUAACAAAUAAUUAAUUCAUUAAUAAAGUCCAUUAUUAAGAUCUAAUGGUUCUUAAACUAAUCUAAGAAUAUCACAACAAUAGUAUCUAUUAAUUAUAAUAAUCUGAGGCAAACAUAAAGAAAAGUAUAAUAAUAGGAUCUACUCAAAUCAAAAGGGUUCAUGUCUCCUAAAUUUGUUAGUCAAGACAAAAAACAAAUGUAAUCAAAAACUGUGAUAAGAUAAGGAGGAAAUCACAUCAAGACUCAACCUCAUUCUCAUUAAAACUCUUAGUCAUCAAUUACAAAAAUCGAUAAAACAUAAGACGAUUAUAAGUAAUUAUCUCUCAUCUCUUCUGCAUUACCAAAAUCAUCUGAAAUUAUGUUAACCCAACCUUAAUCUGCUAUGAAUAAAACUGAACUCACAUUAAAAUAAAAAGCAGACUUAGCAAUAUAAGAAAUGAAGUAAAGAUAAUAAGAAGAAUUGUUUUAAAGAAUUAAUUUUUAAAAAUCUUUAGGAGUUUCAAGUGCAAAACACUAAUCAUAAUUGUUUUUGUAAUAAAACUCUUAUAAAUCCAGUAGUACAAAACAAUUAGAAAACUAAAAAUUUUAAACUCAUUCAGCUUCCCAACCAAUGAUUGAAUUUACUCCUAAUAAACCAAUUACAAACAGGUAAAGUAAUAAAUUUAUUUCAUAGAAAAUAAUUCUAGGAUUCAAUUAAUCUCAUAUUACUUUGUAAAACACUUAAAGAAAAAAUAACUAUAGAAGUUUAAUAAAAUUCUAUACAAUAUUUAGUAGAUCUAGUCAAACAAAUUAUCUCCAAACAUUUUGGAACUACUUAACCCACUGUUAUUGGAAUAAAAACUUGUAAUAUUUCUAUUCCUGUGGAUUAUAUCUUAUCAAAAGUAGAGAGACCCUUAUCUCUAUUAAAUUCAAUGCAACUUCAACCAUUGAUUAUUGAACCUGUAUUUGCUUUAGAUAAUGAAAUCAAAACUCCUAGAGUCAGCUUAAAAGACUUUGAAUUCAUAAGAUGUAUAGGAAUGGGAGGAUUCUCAAAAGUUUAUAUGGUAAGAGAAAGAAAAUCAGGAUAAUAUUAUGCUAUGAAAUUGAUAGAGAAGAAUCCUAUUAUCUAAUAGAAUAAAUAAACUAUAAUAUAAAAUGAGAGAGAUAUUAUGUCUAUACUUAAUCAUCCUUUUAUUGUAAAAAUGCAAUAUGCCUUUGAAUCGAGAAAAUAUUUAGUUUUUGUAUUAGAAUACUGUUCAGGAGGAGAAUUGUUUUACCUUUUGAGAAAAGUAUUUUGAUUAAAAUAUUAAUUAGGUCAAAAGAAUGAAAGAAGAGGAAGCAUUCUUUUACUUUUCAGAAAUUUGUUUAGGCAUGAAAAACUUACAUGAAAAUAAUAUUAUUUAUAGAGAUAUUAAACCAGAGAAUAUAUUAAUAGAUUUUGAUGGUCAUGUUAGAAUAGCAGAUUUUGGUUUAUCAAAACCCAAUAUGACAGAAUAAGAUAUAGGAUAUUCAUUUUGUGGAUCACCUGAAUAUAUGGCACCAGAGAUGCUAUUAAAAUCUGGACAUACAUUUCAAUUAGAUUUAUAUUGCUUAGGAGCAUUAUUAUAUGAACUUGUUACUGGUUUACCUCCUUAUUAUUCGAGAAAUACAGAAGAAAUAUACACAAGAAUAUUAAAUUAAAAGUUAAAUUUUCCUCCAUAAUUAUAAAUGUCUACUUAAAUUAAAGAUUUAUUAAACAAUUUGCUAGCUAAAAAUCCAAAAAAUAGAAUCGAUAACAUAGAAACCUUAUUAAGACACCCAUGGAUGAUUUAAUGGGGUGAUAAAAAUUUAUAUAAGGAUAUUUUAUAAAAAAAAAUUGAACCUCCUUUUAAACCAGACCAUUAUUCGUUUAAUUUCGAUGAAGAAGAAUUUGGCUAAGGUGAAGCAGAAUUCUUAGCUUUUAUUAAACCACUUUAGUAAAAUAUCUCUGAAAAUUUUCCUAAAGAAAUUAUAUUAAAAUAAUUUUAUUACAAUAGCAAUGAAGCCAAUUUUUAAGAGAGUACUGGAGGCACAAGAAAUAAUUAAAUGGAAUAAUAAUGCACAUAAAGAUAGAAAAGUAAAAGAUUGAAUACAUUUGAAAGUGAAAAUUAAAUGAACCAACAAGAUUAAAAAAUCUAUUUAUUAAAUUAACUUAAAACACAAACUGAUAAUGAUUAAAAGAGAAAAUCAGCAUGA